UUGAGUUACAUGAACGGGCAAUGAGAGCCGGGCAUGACUUCUGAUGCUAUGCUUAAAAACCUGGUUGCUUUUAUUUUUCAUUUGUAGCCGUUGUGAUAAAUCUUGUUGUACCCAUCAUGAAUUUCUUUAAGUUUCACUUGCGUGGAAUAUUUUAUCCUCCGGGAACAACUCCUUUAAAUUGGAGACUAUUCUCCAUCGUUUUCUUAUCUACGUUUUGUUCUGCAAUGUCCAUCACCAUAUUGUUUCCAUUUUUACCAGCUAUGGUGAAGAGCUUUGGGAUCUCAGAUGAAGACACAGGAUACUAUGCAGGUGUUGUAGCAUCUUCAAUGUUUAUUGGACGCACUGCAGCUUGUUAUUUUUGGGGAUUAAUGACAGAUAGAUUUGGAAGAAGGCCUGUGAUGAUGAUCUGCCUUACAAUGACCCUGGUUGGCAUGGUUUGCUUUGGUCUGUCUUUCUCUCUCUACAUGGCCAUCAUUACCAGACUAUUUGUUGGACUAUCUGCUGGACUCAUAGGGACAUGCAAAACAAUUGCUUCGGAAGUCAGUGAUAAUACAAAUCAGGCAAUGGCAAUGUCAAUUAUACUGACAUCUUGGAAUGUGGGACUUAUCAUUGGUCCAGCUAUAGGGGGUUAUCUUGCAGAACCAUCACAGAAAUAUCCCAGUGUUUUUACGAAAGAUUCACUCUUUGAUAAAUUCCCAUUUUUCCUUCCCUGCCUGUUACACUGUGCUGCACUCUUACUUACAGUUGUGUUGGCCUACUUCUACUUACCAGAGACUCUUGUUACAAGUGAUGAUGAGACAUCAUCAAGCGGUUCAGAAACUGGUGAAUUGGCCAUGCAAAGCACAGCUUCCAACAGUUUAAUUGAUGAAGAUGAUGAAAAUAGCUGCACACAAAAAAAUAGUCUGGAAGAAACAGAGGAAGUAGAAAUAUUUAUCAAUGAUGUGAACAAAGAGGACAUUGACAAUGACAGAAACUGUUGUGGUUUUAAGAGUUGCUGUUGUCCAAGAUAUAGAUGUUGUAAAUUCUUCAGAGGCAGUAAAAUUGCAGUUUUAUUGAGGGAUCGUGUUGUAACCCUUGCCAUUUGUGUGUAUUGUUCACUUUCAUUCAUUGUCAUUGGUUAUGAUGAGUUGUUUUCUUUGUGGGCUGCCACAGGACCUGAACAUGGUGGACUUGGCUUUUCUACUGACCAGAUAGGCACUGCAUUACUAUGUGUAGCAGGACCUAUGUUAGUUCUUCAAUUUUGGGUUUAUCCAAAGUUUGAAAGGUGCCUUGGAUCAAUCAGGGUUUUUCAAUUGGCAAAUGUUGUCUUGGGAAUCACAAUUGCUUCUUUGUCAGCCUUGAAUACCCUUCAUGACAGGUCAAAAGUUCUCUGGCCAUUGAUGAUUGUUGUUCUCAUUCCAAUGAGGUUGGCUAUUGGUUGUGGCUUUAGCUCCACAGGAAUCCUUGUCAACAAUGCGGUACCUGCUUACCUCUUAGGCUCUGCAAAUGGACUUGCAAUGACAGCAAGUUCCAUAUCCAGAACCUUAGCUCCACUUUUUGCUGGGAGUGUGUUUGCCUGGUCGAUAAGUAAGGGCUACAAACACGGAUUCCCGCUUGACGAACACUUCGCUUUCAUAUUGCUUUCCAUCGUGUGUUUCCUGGCUGUUCUGCUGAGCUGUACUCUUCCCAAGAGACUGAACAUGAGACCGUCAGCGCCAGUGAAAGUAUGAAGACAGAAGCCCGCAUUUUCUUUCCCAUCAUUCAGUGUGCACACUGUAUAGAAAAGGGAGGGGCGGAAACACAAUGACAGCACGCUUGGCGCAACGUCAUAUUUAUGCCACUCAGGCAUUCGAGACUACCAGGAUGGGGAUAGCCUCAUCUUUUGGAAGGAGCUGCACGCUGUUUUUAGAGGAAAUGACAGAUGGAUUAGAACAAUAAAAAUUGUUACAAUUUAAAAAAUUACAA